GUUGAAACAGAGACAGAGCCCGCCGGUGCGCUUAAUAAAGUAAGUCGCCCCCCCAGGCCCAGCUAUGGGUGUAAGUAGUUGUUCUAGGCACGACCUACAGGAUCCUUGUUUACCUGUUGCGAUGUUCGUCCGAAUCACGAAUACAGAAGGUCCUCCCCACGCUUUCUUUUGCGCGUUCGUAAAUCGUUGAGUGGAUAAUUGCUUUCCCGGGGACACCAGGAUCAAAUUCGAUUGAGUUUCGCAAAGCCCUUGUCGGGCUUCGCUGCUUUUGCUUCUUUCUGAUGGAAAAUUUAUUACAGUGGCCCUGCUUUUUUCACUGCCUCUCUUCGUCUUUAAUCUUUCACCUCUUUAAUCUUUCACCUGUUGAAUGUUUUCAGUUUCACAAGCAUUUACGAGAAUUAGGCUAACUUAAUAUUUUGUUCUUCUGGACGAGAUGAAGUGCAGCUGCGGGUACUAGCUAAGAGUACUUAGGAGCGCCAUUUACGACCACGACGCGAAAAUAUUUGAUAUUUAAAAGCGCUUUACAAAUCAAGCAAUAGACCACGAUCGGGCAUGGACCUCCACAGCACUUCCGCUUCGACGCUGGAUGGCGAGAAAGAAUCCCCGCAAGACACGACGCCUGCGGUGGUCCAGGCCGUGCCCGAAGGGAUUGUUCUUGAAAGCACGGCAUCAAAUGCAAAUAUGUCUGGGAGGUCUGGAAGAAUGCAAACUUCUCAUGCAUGUUUUCCAUGCGCCAUGAGGUUUGGAAUGCAGGACCUAGUAUGACAGGUUCAGGUUCUGCGACGAGUCUAUCAUGCCUAUCCUGCAUCACAAACUGCCUCUAAACUUGUUCAAAAGUGGACAGCUUUUGGUAGUCAUGCAACACGAAUUCUUGUACGAUCCAGACUUGGCAUGACAAGUUCAUCGCGUCCUCCCAGACCCAGACAUAUUUGCAUUUGAUACACGGCCAAAAACGAAGACCACGCGGCCGCCUGUGGACGUGGAGAAGAAAAUGAAAUAAAGCAGCACCCGGACGAGGAGGACGGUCCUCGUACUGGAGAUUACUGUACCAAAAAGGAAGUAGAGAAACAUGCUCCCUUCGUCCAAGAAUUCAACUCGCACAAGAAGAACCUUCUGAUCUACGUGCUCCUGCCGAUUCUCUGCGGAGUCAUCGCGUCUUUUUUACCCGCUGAUCCGGAUCUGCUUGCUCCAUUGGACCAUCUGCAGAAGGAAGGGCAAGGGGGUGUUGCUCGGGGACGGGGUCCUCAUCUCCAGCAGGAAGGCAGUAACGCAUCUCCAGGAGGUGGCGGCGAAUCUGGAACACCAGAGCAUGAUGUUGUUCAUGGUGGCAGCACUGCACCUUCAUUCCGGAAGAUGAACCCCCUCGACGAGGUGCAGCAGAUUAUGCAGAACUACCGAAAGGGAAAGUCCUCUUCUUUAUGAACUGCAAAAGUACUAUCCUCGUAAUCGUACUCGUAUAAAUGCAUUACGAAUUUCCUCAGCAUGAAAAAUAAAAUUUGUAGUGCUGAUUUGCCUUCAGGAAGAAAAUUGUCAUGCAAGACUUGCAUUUAUACGAAUACGAUCACGAUGCUUUUGCAUUGGAUACUCUUCUACCGCGGACAAAUUUCCCCUUCCAGCGAGCGGGAACGUCAGGACGAACGGAAAGAUACCCACGGAAAUAAAUAUCGACCUGGGUCUGGACGAAAGUAGCAAAUGUCUGUCAUGCAGUUGCAGUUCUUUAUUCCACAUCCGGAGAUAUAAUCUGGCGCGCAGCUGCCGCCCAGAAGGUCUGACAUGCAAGAGCCCAGCCUAGUAGAAUUAUCGCAGAUUGACAUUUAUUCAAAAGAAGGUUCUUUCUCAAGGCGGGCUACUACGCAUGAUCAUAGAGAAAGUGGCACUUUCAAGUGCUCCUUUUGAUGACAGGGAAUAAAUAAACAAGGGCGCCUUGUUUUGCUGCCCAUUGUUCACGAUGGAUCUUUGCGCGAUCUGAAGAACAAACUUCCAUCACAACGAACUGCACAUGUUCAUGGCGUUCUCAAACGUUACAUUCUCAAGUGUUACAUGGAUCUGUAAUGCAAGAAUGGCAAUAGCAAAACAAAGGGGGAAGAUUGCAAAAAUUGCAUGACAAAUCCAGCGCAGAUUUAGGCGCUGUUUAGCCUUUCGCAAAUUUGUCAUGCAAUAAAGCAGCUUGAUCUUGUGGAUGAUGGUGGUAGUUCUGCAUGACAAAUUCAUGCCACAGUUGAAAAUGUAACGUUUGAGAACUCCAUAAUGUUUUAUUCAGCAGACCCAGACACGACGUCGACGUUUGCAAUGGACACAUGAACUUGCGCUACAAAUUUCCGCACGAGCGCACCGAGGCUGACCAGACCGACAUCCACCCGGAGAUUUUGGUAUGCAUUGCAAAAGUAUCGUACUCGUAUAAAUGCAUUACAAAUUUCCUCAGCAUGAGAAAUAAAAUUUGUAAUGCGUAUGUACCUUGAGAAAAAGAUGCUCAACUUGCAUUUGUACGAGUAUCAGAUAAUUUUGCACAGGAUAUUUGGCCGCGUUGGACCGCUUGGCGAAUCGGUACUCCGAGGAAAUUAUGAACUGCAAAAGCACUGUACUAGUAUAAAUUGCAUUACAAAUUGACUUAGCAUUACAAAUUAAAUUUGUCAUGCGGAUUUGCCUUCACAAAAAAAUUUGUAAUGCAUAAACGCCAUUUUUACAAUUUGAAUUUUUAGUACGAGUGCGAUACUUUUGCAGUUCAUAGAAGUGGUUUACCCAGAAGAGCAUGCGGAGCUGAAUCGGAUGAACGAGGAGAAGACGACCGAAAUGAACCCCGCUCCUUCAUCAUCAGGGGUCGAUGAACAAGGACUCGACGUUGCAGCAGCAGAUUCAACAUCUUCUUCCACCCAGGGCCAAGCACAACAACACGAAGUGGUGGACGAAAGUAACUCCAAUGGACAACGAGAAAAUACCCACUCGGUGAGGAAGACGUUUAUCCAGACGGUGCCGCGUCUUGUUGUGGAGGAAGACUCUUACUAGGACAAUGGCGCGUUCAUCUCACGUUACAACAAGAAGCCACGAGAGCAGAUCCACAUCAUUGCUUAUCCAAAUGUUAACUUACUAUAGCCGGAUGACAACUGUGUCUGUGAGCCGGGAAAAAAUCAUGGAAAUUGAAUAUAGCGAGUUCUUGCCCGCCUAUGCUGGAGAUAGACCGUCCAGCAUGGAGCAACUCGCUGUGCAUCUUCACUUGCAGUCCAGUAGAGACCAUA